AUGGUAACAGAAUGUACCGUGAACUUCGAGUUUAUGAAUUACACUGUCAUAACAAGCCAAUGCAAAGGUCCCAGAUUCCCAGCAAAGGAAUGUUGCUCUUCCUUUAAGGACUUUGCGUGUCCAUACGCCGAAGAGAUCGACGACCUGACCACAAAUUGUGCAAGCACUAUGUUCAAUUACAUCAAUAUCUAUGGAAAAUACCCACCUGGACUUUUCGCUAACCAGUGUCGAGAAGGUAAAGAAGGACUUGAAUGCCCUGCUAUGCCUCCCAAUUCAGAAGCAGACCUAAACGCAGCCAGUGCCACCGCUAGUUCUCAUGUUUGGAUUCCCGUUUCUGUUAUGGUCUCCGUAUAUCUUUUGGUUUAG